GAUAUGCCAUCUGUGAGGAGUUGCUGGGGCAAGGAGUGACACCACCAAUCAAGCUUGCAGGGGACGCCGCUUGGAACAAGUUUGGCGCAGACCUCACCGUGCUGCACCCAGAGCUGGUCUUGCAAGUUCUCACCUGCGGUCGCUCCUCGACGCGCUGUCCGAAAGAGAGGCCUGACUGUGGGAUGCUCCACACUGAAGGUGGCAUAGCUUGCACAAACGAGGAAGAACUUUCGUCGUAUCCGGUGCUGCUGGCAAAGAUCCCCGGUCAAAACAAUUUCGUUGCUGUGGUGAAUCGCGGCCAGUACAUCUGGAAGCAUCUCCUUGACACCCGACGAAUCUGGUCCAGUUAUCGUAUGAUGAUACUGGAGCUGCCCUGGCUGGAAGAACAAACGCAUCAUCUGUACUAUCUUCGGGUAAUGGAAGUUCUCCUGAACGACUUCAAGCUAGUCCAUGUAGAUGCAUCGACGUGUCACGGACGAUGGCAGAUCCGAUCAACGGAGGUCGGCAUGCCACGGGUGGUGCAGGCCACCUUCGUCCGCAAAGAUCUGGCUGUCGCGCAAGCUUGCACUACUCAGCUGCACUGGGACUCUGGCGUUUGGGACUGUCCGGGCCUGCCAAGGACGCCUCCCGAACCGCUGAGCUUGGUGGGGGCGCCCGUUCUGGGAGAGCCUCACUCGGGUGUCUUCCAAGUCUAUGCGUCACCCAUCGAUGCUCUCGAUGACGUCAUGGUACCUCAGAGGAGUGUCUCACUGGAGUUCCUGAAAAGAUUCCGGCUUUGUCACACGUGCGCAGCCGGCGACGGCGAUUUUGUUCGCAUCGGGGGCAAUAGAGACGGUGGCUAUCUUAUUUGCGGGCAGGCUGCUCGAGACUUGACCCUGGCCUUCUCCAUCGGCAUUCGUGGAAUGGACCCUUUCGGGGCGGCGCUGUCCGAAGAGUUUGGGCCCAGGGUGGAGGGGUUCGAUUGUACCGGGGUUCCGUACAGCUGCCCAGCGACUCUGACAAAAUGCCGAUUCAACUUCAAUCCUCUCUGUCUCGGAAAGCCUUUUGGAGGCAAGCCCGCAUCGCAGUUCCUGAGCCUCGCUGAAAUCCUCGAUCGGUUUGCCAAGCCGUCGGAUGAGAUGCUGCUGAAGAUCGACUGCGAGGGCUGCGAGUGGAACGUGCUGCCCGAGAUUCCAUCCGAGGUUCUCAAGCGCUUUCGAAUGAUCGUCAUGGAGGCGCACUGGCUCGAGACGCAGCAGAAGCACCCCACUAUGCUGAAGGCCAUGGACCUCAUCCUUGAAAACUUUCACCUGGUGCACAGUCAUGCCUGCAAUCGCUUUGAUGUGUGGUCCGUGAACGGCACGGACUACAAGAUGCCCCGUGUGGUGGAGCUGACGUUUGUCCGCAAGGACCUUGCUGUUCCCACAGCUUGCGAAAACUCGAAGUAUCGUACCGGUCUCGACAAGCCUAUUUGUGGCCUCCGUGAGCUGGAUGCGAAGUCCUUCCGACUGCCAGCUGCAGACUCUGAAAGCAGGUGA